UGGUGGAUCAGCUGGAAAGGGAUACAAUGGCAGCGUGGCUGAGAAGGAUCAUCAGUACCAGCAAGGCACCGGGGGUAAUUGGUCCCUACAGCCAAGCAGUGGUGGUGGAUCGAACCAUGUACAUUUCUGGUCAACUGGGGUUGGAUCCUGCAACUGGGCAGCUUGUAACUGGAGGAACAGCACAGGAAGCAAAGCAGGCUCUCAUCAACAUGGGAGAGAUCCUGAAGGCUGCAAACUGUAACUACAAUAAUGUUGUAAAAACAACAGUUUUGCUCGCGGACAUCAAUGACUUCAACUCUGUUAAUGAGGUUUACAAGCAAUACUUUGUGACGAACUUCCCAGCCAGAGCUGCCUAUCAGGUUGCUGCAUUGCCUCGGGGGGGCAGAGUUGAGAUUGAAGCUGUGGCUGUAUUGGGACCUAUUGCAGACGGGGCCUUGGAUCAGAAAUUGUGAAAUGGCGACUGUCAAUGUGGAUGCAUAAUUGAAUGAAAUCACUGAACUCUGAUUUUAUACUUUAAAAAAUUUAAAAAUCAGUCUUGUAUGGCUCAAUAAUAUUUAAAUGAGCCACUUUUCAAAAUGAAUACUGUUUUUCAACUUUUAAUUGUCUGUAAAGAGAGUCAUUAUUUUUCAGCAACUAAUGGUGCUCGAUUUCUAGUAAUUGAAGUUUUGCUUAAUACACAGAAUGUGAAAUUAAACACUGAGCUUGUUUGUUUA